AUGGACAAGUUCCGGAUGAUCUUCCAAUUCCUGCAGUCCAACCAGGAGUCCUUCAUGAAUGGCAUCUGUGGUAUCAUGGCCCUGGCCAGCGCCCAGAUGUACUCCGCCUUCGACUUCAACUGCCCCUGCCUGCCGGGCUACAAUGCUGCCUACAGCGCCGGCAUCCUGCUGGCGCCGCCCCUGGUGCUCUUCCUGCUCGGCCUGGUCAUGAACAACAAUGUGUCCAUGCUGGCUGAAGAGUGGAAGCGGCCGCCGGGCCGCCGGGCCAAGGACCCCGCCGUGCUGCGCUACAUGUUCUGCUCCAUGGCCCAGCGCGCCCUCAUCGCGCCCGUCGUCUGGGUGGCCGUCACGCUGCUCGACGGCAAGUGCUUCCUCUGUGCAUUCUGCACAGCGGUGCCCGUGAGCCUGCUGGGCAAUGGCAGCCUGGUGCCCGGCCUGCCCCCGCCCGAGCUCGCCCGCCUGCUGGCCCGGGUGCCCUGCCCUGAGAUCUACGAGGGCGACUGGCUGCUGGCCCGCGAGGUGGCUGUGCGCUACCUGCGCUGCAUCUCACAGGCCCUGGGCUGGUCCUUUGUGCUGCUGACCACGCUGCUGGCAUUUGUCGUGCGUGCUGUGCGGCCCUGCUUCACACAGGCCGCCUUCCUUAAAAGCAAGUACUGGUCCCACUACAUCGACAUUGAGCGCAAGCUCUUUGAUGAGACGUGCACAGAGCAUGCCAAGGCCUUCGCCAAGGUCUGUAUCCAGCAGUUCUUCGAGGCCAUGAACCACGACCUGGAGUUGGGUCACGCCCACGGGGUGCUGGCUGCUGGCCCCACUGGCUCGGCUGCCCCUGCUGCCACGGAAGGGGCAGAUGAGGAGAGGGAGAAGCUGCGUGGCAUCACCGAUCAGGGCACCAUGAAUAGGCUGCUCACAAGCUGGCAUGAGUGCAAGCCGCCCCUGCGGCUGGGCCAGGAGGAACCACUGGUGGGCAACGGCUGGGCUGGGGGCGGGCCCCGGCCUUCACGCAAGGAGGUGGCCACCUACUUCAGCAAAGUUUGA